AUGUACCGCUCAACCAAAGGAGCAUCCAAGGCUCGGCGGGACCAGAUCAACAGCGAGAUCCGGUUCCUGAAGGACUUGUUGCCCCUCUCCGAGGCAGAUAAAGCACGGCUCUCGUACCUGCACAUCAUGUCGCUGGCCUGCAUGUACACGAGGAAAUCCGUCUUCUUCACUCAAGAAGCGGGAGCUGCUGCUAGUCUUGAGGAGAGCUCGCAGUAUCUGCUGUUCCACGAGCUGUCGGAGUUGAUGCAGGCGCUGCCGGGUUUUCUGAUGCUGCUGACUGGGGAAGGGAAGCUCCUGUACAUGUCAGACAGCGUCUCCGAGCACCUCGGACACUCCAUGGUGGAUCUUGUGGCACAGGGAGACAGUGUGUAUGAUAUCAUCGACGCCUCAGAUCAUCUUAUCAUGAGGACCAACCUGUCAACGUCUACAUCACUUGAGAUAGACCGUCUCUUCCGCUGUCAUUUCAACACCUCUAAGUCUGUGCGGAGGCAGAGUGCUGGGAACAAGCUGGUUCUGAUCCGAGCUCACUGCCUGCCACCCCCCACCACCUCUCCUGCUGCCGGGUCCUACUGGACAUCCAACCCUGUGUGGGUGUGUUUCUGCUCCCCUCUGGAGCCCCACCCAUCCCGCUCUGGCCCCGGGACAGAGAGGGACACGACUUCCAGCCCUUCUCAGGCCGAGGCCAACUUGUUUCUGUCCUGCUUCUACUCCCAACAUGGCCGGGACAUGAGGCUGGAGACAGCACAGGACAGUGUAAGCACCUAUCUUGGCUUUGAUGUGACAGCUUUACGCGCCCGCUCCUGGUACAGCCUCCUCCACCCACAGGAUCUGUCACAUGCCUCCGCUCAGCACCGCAGCCUAUUGAGAGAAGGAGGAGAGGGCAGAGCUGAGAUGGUGGUUCGUGUGGAAGCUCAGGACCAGUCGUGGGUUUGGCUUUACAUGGUUCUACAGCUGCAGCCUGGAGAAAUUCCUAUCAGCAGCAACAACUACAUCAUCAGUGAGUCUGAGGCCUGGUCAGUGCGUCAGCAGCUCAGCUCGGAGCAGACCCAGCUGACCCUGGUCCUGACCACUGGCACCUCUCAGCCAGAGGGUCUGAGCCUGCAGUCCCCAGAGACCCUGUCCAGCCCAGACCAGGUCUUCACCCCCGGCAGCAGCGGCCUGUCGGCCCAGUCCUUUGACUUCAGCACCACCGGCUGCAGCGUGGGCUCCUCUGACGACCCUGGGAGCUCCGCGGCCGAGGCCAUGCAGGUGGAGGGAGACCCCCGCUCCAGUAUCUCCUCUAUGGAGGAAGACAGCUUCUUCCAGCAGCAUCCCGCUGAAAACCCCUCCGCUGCUUCCUCCCCCACUCCGGUCACCGUUGAAACAGUGGCAGACUUAGACUUUUUAACCCAGAACAUUCUCCUGCCGCCGUCCUUCCAGCUCGACCCCCCGCUGCCAGUCCUGCCCCUCCCACCCGUCCCCACCUCACAAGCUCAACAGACCAAAGAGUUUGUGUGCACCCCACCCUACACCCCCCUUAUUAGUGGGGCUAACUUCCCAUUCAAUGAACCCCUCUUCAGCUUCGACCCCAGCGGCACUACCACACCUCCCCCCGCUGACACAACGGCCUCUGCCACCACUUCCUUGGCCCCCUCAGGUUCCUCCACCACCCAACCAACGACCGCCUCCAGCCCCGCUCCCCCCACAACCCUCUCUUCCAAGCUCUCCCUCACUCUACCAACCCUCCCCACUGAUCUCCUCUUCCCGACCGAGCCCUAUGGCGGCUCCCUCUAUGAGAAACUGCCCCCCACACCCGACAGCCCCGGAGAUGACGACUGCACAGUGAUGACCCUGCCCGAGGUCCGGGGUCCACUGUAUGUAGAUGUACCAAUGGGGCCCCUCCAGUGCCCCCCCGAGGGCCUUCUCACACCAGAGGCAUCCCCUGGCAAACAGCCCUGCCUCUCCUUCUUCUCCCUGGAGAGAGAGAGGGAGAAGGAGAGGGCAGAGAUCUCUCUCUUAGCUCAGCACAUCAGCUCAUUGGCAGAGGGAUUCUACCUGGAUCCACUCUUGUCCAAACUCUCACCCUCGUCCUCCCCUCCCUCCCCCUUCCUGUCCCCCAACAUAGAAACCCCUGAUGUUGAAUCAGUCCACAUGCAGAGGGAGUUUUAUCCCAUCAAAGCGUGGAGAGGUCUGGACAUUCCCCUCUUCCUCGAUGAAGAUGACUCUCUGUUUGAAGAGAGCAUCCUACAAACCCUGCUCCAAGACGACUUCGCUCCUCCUCAGACACACGUCCCCUCCUUCCCCUCCCCGUGCACCUCUCCUAUGCUCAACCCCUCCAGCCCAGGUUCUCCUCAAAUCCCAGUGUGCUGGCACCAACCCUCCCAGUUUGAGGGAGUGGGCCACUUCUGUAGCGUCCAAUCGGCGCAAUGUAACUCCAUGGACGUGUGCGGGGCGACAGAGGCUUCUGGGACUGGGAUGAUGGCGGAAGGGGAGGGGCUAGAGGAGGAAGCAAUGGAGAUCGAGGUGGUGUCAUCUCCUGUGUCCUGUUGCUCCUCCAUCCCAGCUUCCCCUCCCCUCAUUCUCACCGCCUCCCCCAGCCCCUCCACCUCGAUGCCCAUCGGCUCGCCAACGCCCGCCGUGUCUUGCACUCAGUCCCUCAUGGAGGAACUGGCCGUCCUGGAACCCAUGUUUGGGGCAGGUGCCUCGAUCGCCCCUGGCUUAGGGCAACAACCUGAGUUGUAUCAACUCCAAUGUCAUCCAUCGCCACAGUGCUUCCACAAAGAUGGGAGUGGAAGUGUUCCUCCGUUCUAA